CUUUACAUAGGAUAUUUUUUUUAAAAAAAAAUCUUAAGGAAUAAUGUUAUUUACUUAAAGAUAUUAAAAGCUAAAACAUCGUUUAUGUAAUUAAUACAUCAAAUCAUGCAGUUUCAUACGAAAUAUUUUACUUUGAGUGUGUGUAUUGUGUUAGCAAUGAACCACACCUGUUUCUGUUUACAAUUUCAAUUAUAUGAUUUGAACGUGAAAAUCACCACUGUACUUGAAACAGUAAAUGGGAUUUCUUUAUCUCAAUGUGCAGCUUAUUCUGAAAUCCAAGAAAACAUGAAAGCUUUUAAUUACAAUCAGGAUGGACAAAUAUGUGAGGUUAGCAGUCAGACACCAGGCCCUUCAGUACAAGCGUCAAAUGGAUGGAAGGUGUUUAUUCCUGCAGUUGCAGAAACAACAACAUCAACGGCACCGACCACGACAACAACAACGACAACAGCACCCCAACCUCCAACAACAACAGCAGCAACAGCAGCAGCAUCGGGAGGAUCUGACGGUUGCGUACCCGGCGAGUUUUGCACAGCGGAACAGUUUUUGACUCUCACACAACUAUGCGUAAGAGAUAUUGGCUGCCAGAAGUUUUGCAAAUGCAACCAGUUGAUGGAAAAUAGUGUCAUAGUGUACAGAUGGGUGGAAUUUGAAUGUAUGUCGGGACUUUUAUUUAAAGAAUCUCUAGGCCUUUGUGACUGGGCAUAGACACUCCAAUUGCAAUGGAAUUUGUUAAGAAGAGUCAAGCAGAACGGUAAUGGUGGAAUAAUAAAUUCAGUGCACUCACAGUGAUUAUCAUUAUUUUACCCUACACUGCAUCCCUCAUCCGACUUGACUGACAUAUGAUUUUUUUCCCAAUAACUCCAAUGCAUUUUGAUGACGUUUGUUAGCAAUAUAACCACUAAGAGAAUGUGUACAUUUUGUGCACGUUGUUACGCUCUCAUUUGAACUAUGAAUUACUUUGUACAUUUCCUUUUCAAAUCGUACACGCAGCAAAUAAGAUAAAUGAUUUUAUACAUUUAGUCACAUUGAAUUUACGAUUACAUAAAUAACUUAAAUUUCCAACUACCUAAAGGUGAAUAUUAGUUUAAAUGUGAAGACUUUGAUUGACAAUUGAAGAUUUGUUUCUUACGUUAUGGUUCAUAGAUGAAAUAUGAUAUAAAACUCGUUAACAUAAUAGUAAUAGAAGAAGUCUAAGGCACAAAAUAUGUUUAUAAAUAAUUGACAAUUUAUAUAGACUUUGUCCUGAAACAAAAGUUAUGGUAAUGUAUAUACUUUGAUACUUGUAUAUUGUAACCAAAUGUACGGAUUUUUUAAUUGAAUUCUGUAUAAUAAUAUUUAUGUGUUACGUCUGGUGAAAAUGUUGUUUUAUGGUGUACAUGUAGUAAAGGAUGUUACACAAAAUUAAUGUUGAAUGACGUGUUGGAUGGUCCCGAGACCUCAAUUGUUCAACAAAUAGCAUACUGAGCUACAUUUACAUACUUUGGAAUGACCUUAUAUUAUUGAGUUUUUUCUUUCAAAAUUCCUUCAAAACUUACACUUGACAAAUUUAAUACAUAUGUUUAGCAUUUCUUAUUUAUACAAUUGAAAUAUUUAAAAAAAAGAUAUGACAGGCAAAGAAAGAUUCCUCGAAAGUAAAAAAAUCAAAUUAUAUGAAAAUUGCAGAUUCUGUUUAAAUGAGGGAUCAUGAACUCAACAUCACAUUAUGAAAUAAUUGAUAUUGAAAAAAAUAUACCUUAGAGACUUGCCUUUGUCAUUACGCAUACUUUUCUCCGACCAUUUGUAUUGUGAUAUGCAGUACUUUUAUUUUUGGAAAGACACGUACGUUACCCCAUUGGUCAUAUGUUGUGUGCAUGAAUUUAGAUUUACCAACCGUAAAUCUGUUCUAAGCGCUAUGCAGUCCUCGACACUAACUAUUAUUAGAAUUGAUAACCAAGAUGGGACAGACAUAUAUAACAAAAUAGCAUAGACUGUUUGAUUUUAUGUAAUGAGGGAAUUUUACCUGUACUAAAUAUCUUCUUGUGUGAGUAAACUAAAAAUAAAUCAUGCGUACAUCACAUCGUCUCCAUCUUAAGUGUCACUGUUUUGCAUUGUACUACAAGCAUCUGUGUACGUGUGAAAGCAAUGUACCGGUAUCAAACUUAUGUUAUCUAUCCAACUAUUCACCUUUAUAAACUAGAAAAUAAGUUUGUUAGAAGUAAUUUACAUCAUCUUUUUUUAGGUUUUGUAAUUUUUGUUGAGAUGAUCUCAGAAUUAACUUUAAUAGCCGCUUAUUAAAAAAAACUUACAAGGGCUCGCAAACGCUUAGAAAAUUCAACGUGUCAACUUUUGGGUUCUAGAAUCCUACCUCUUUUUAUUGAAAAUAGAACAAAAUAAACUUCCUUCUAAAAUCUAAAUUGUUUAGUUA